AUGCAUAUGGGUGGCAGUAGGUGCGGAAGAAGAACCAGCGUUGGAAUCCUACAGCAUAUACGGCCAUACUCUUACUACCCUCCACCAGAGCCAUUCAUUUCUUCAAAGUUUGAUGCUUCAUCUCCGCCAAAAGCACCAUCAGCAGUAGCCAAUGAUGUCCCUAUAAGUGCUUCUUCACCUAUUUCAACAUUUGGCGCGACUCCUUCGCUGCUAUCAAACUUCUUGGCCAUUCCCCCAACUUCUUUGACCAUGUCUUCGUUGCUUUACCUAGGCGGAUCACCCGGCGUACCACCAUCAGAAGCGCAAUUGCUACAUUCUGCCCGUUUCACUGCUCGUGAAUUACCUAUUCGAUUGGCAAGAAGGGUUGAUCAGUAUCGCUCCCUGCCCUUUAUUGUUGGAUCAAAUCCAUAUAUCGCAAAGAUUGCUAAAUUGUACGCUUCUUCGUUUGACAGUCUGGCAAGUAUGGGAUUCGACAAUAUACAAACACUAGAAGACAACGAUAAAUUUGCUGCAAAGCUGGAGGAAAUGGUUCAAUUACACUCUGAAAACGUUCCAACGCUAGCUAGAGGAUUCUUGGAAUGCAAGAAGUACAUGAGCUCUUCUGCUAUAUCCACCUUUUUGAAUGGUGCAAUUCACUCCCGUAUCGGAAUUCGUUUGAUUGCUGAACAGCAUAUGGCACUCUCGCACGCUUUCCGAAUUGGCAAGACUGCAACGCCAUACUCUGUUGGAAUCAUUGAUACGCGGGUGAAUGCAUAUGACCUGAUCAAGCAGGACAGCGAACUUGUGGAAGAACUUUGUGAGAGCACCCUUGGUGAUUCACCAGAGAUCAAGAUUGAAGGAAGUCGGGAAGCCACCUUUGUUGGCGUUGCAAGUCAUUUAUCGUAUUGUGUCAAAGAGCUUCUAAAGAACAGCUAUCGAGCAACUGUUGAACGUCACUUGAACCAUUACAAGCGUAACCCACACGCUGAACGAACACCAAUUCCGCCAAUCUUUGUUUCGAUUGCCAAAUCCAAACAAUAUCUUUCUAUACGAAUUCGUGAUCGAGGAGGAGGCAUUGCACCAAAGAACUUGCCGCAUAUCUUCAAUUACACAUUUACCACCGUUCCUAAUGAAGAAGAGAAAGGAGAUGCAUCAAUUGAUGAUGCGGAAAUGGGACCUUAUGCAAUGCAAAGUAUGCCUUCAAUGGGAGGUUCACACAACGAUGCUUUGGGUGCAUUGACGACAGGCGGUAGUGGUAGUACUAUUGGUCUUGGCAGUGCUUUAGGAACAUUGGCCGGGUUGGGUUAUGGAUUACCAAUGAGCAGAAUAUAUGCCGAACAUGGCAGAGGGUCUUUGGAUAUCGUCAGUCUUUAUGGACAUGGAUGUGAUACCUUUAUCAAAGUUCGUGCCAAUCCCUUGGAGAUGAGCUAA